GAGGAGGUUGGGCCGCUUCUAAUCCGCUCCAGGGGUGGGAGCCGGGCUGAAGGCGGAGUGUGGGGUAAAGGUCGCCGCCGCAUCUCGCCUGCGCCACGCAUGCCCUGGCGUACGGUGCACAGUCAUCCUGCCCCCAGCCUCCCACCUCAGCUGGCUUUGCUCUGAUCACGUGGCAUACUCUUGGUCACGUGGGGAGCUACCUCUUUCCAUUUUUUUUUUCCUUUUACCCCACCAAACAUCAACACCACUCUCAUCCCCACAGCGGAAGGCUACGCUAGUGGGACCUUUGGGACAGAUUUGUCUUGACCAGAUAUUGAGCCCUGUUCUCUGAGGAGCUAAAGGAUGCUCCCCAGAGCUGGGAUCUAUUACUUUCCUUGGGAGAUCGGUUCUGGUGUAGUCCCAGAAGGAGAAACUGUAAGAACAUAUGGCAGAUUCCAUUGUUAUGAUAUGGUUCGGUCCAGGGUUACUUUGGUGGCCCAACAUCAAUCAGUCCAGCAUCAGGUCCACGUCUGCACUAAGUUUGUGGAGCCAUUCCAAGCCCAGACUGGGUCCCUGUAUAUUGUGCUCGGGGAACAUGAACAGAGUGAAGAUAAAGUUUCCAUGAUAAAGGCUCGUGUGCUGACUUGUGUGGAGGGGAUGAACCUGCUCCUGUUAGAACAAGCCAUCCAUCAGCAGAGGGAGUACCAGCAGGAGAGAGAACAACAGGAGAGCAAGAACAACUGGCUCGCACCCAGGCCCGUACCACCUUGACAGAUUCAUUGGUCUUUUCCUGGGAGCAGAGGCGUACAUCUGGCCCCUGUCCCUUAUUUGCUAUCAUGCCGUGCCAAAAGAAACAAUAGGCUAAGAAGGCAAAUGCCCAUUUUGUAACACUGAAAGGAGUAAUUGUUUUGUAAUUUCUGGAAGAACACUCUAGAAACUCAUCUGUUUCCCUCCACCACAGCCCAUCUGCUGGUGCCAAAAUCCAGGUGUAAGAGUCCAAGCAUCUCUUUCCCCCCAGAGCCCACUUGUUUUCCCAGACACAUUUCUUCUUGUAGUAGGGGUCUAGGGUAAGCAAUAUUUUUUUCUACAGGGCAGGGUAUUAAUAAUAUGGGGUAGUUCUUGUGGCCUGUCCCCAGCCCUCCCUAUCCCCUUCUAUUUUGGACCAGGUUGACCCCCAAGAAGACAAAUUUCUCUCUUUGGUCACUGCUUUCACCCUCAGAGAUUACUUCAAGGAAACAUCUUAAAUAAACCUUAGUUAAAGCCUUU